GGAAACGAACAAUGUGAACGUGAAGCUUGAUCUGCAGAUUCAAAUUUCUAAAGAAGCCAAUGAAUUGGCAGCAAAAAGAAAUAGCAAAUACAUUGGCGUUCUGCUUUUUCCAGGAAUGCCUGAAGAGUUUUUGAACAAUAAAAUGUUUGGGAUUGAAAUGGGAGCAAGCAUCUCCGAUCUCUCACAAGCCAUAAACAUUCACUACAGCAACGUGAACACGACACAUUACGGUGCUUCCUGUGUGUCCUGGGAUGGCAAAGGCAAUCAAACUUGGACAGCAGAUGGAUGCCAAACAAAUCAGACAAAUGGCUACGUCAACUGCCGAUGCUCGCAUAAUACAUUCAUUGCUGUCGUCAUGACUCUGAAACCAGAGAUGACCUUUACGAAAAACUCAAGUUGUGUGGACCCAAAGGAUGCAGUGUGA